AUAGAGGCUCUUUUUCCAGGUGUCGCCGCGUUUAACCGCUAUUCCCCCCCUUUUUCCCGAGGCGCGUUACAGGAACACGAGGCUUCUGUCGCCGCACCCGAUCGCCCUAGUCGGGAUUUAAUUCGGAUAAAGGUUUUUCGAUCGCCAGGAUGAAUCCUCAACAGCGGAUUGCCGCUAUUGGAACAGACAAGGAAUUAAGUGACUUGCUGGAUUUUAGUGCGAUGUUUUCUCCACCGGUAAGCGGGGGGAAAAACAGGCCUACCACCCUCGGAAGCAGUCAGUUCAGUGCAUCAGGUAUGGAUGAGCGGACCAGUCAGGCGUCGUGGGCCCCAGGUGGUCAGUCCAGUCCUUCCUACGAGUCAUCACGGGGUUUUGCAGACAGCCCUCAUUAUGGCGAUCACAUGAGUGACAGUCGAUUAGUGCCUCAUGAAGGAUUGUCCUCAACACCUUUCAUGAACUCCAACAUAAUGGGUAAAUCGGAUAGGACUUCAUUUCUUGGCUAUGGGAGGGAGCAUGGGGCACCUGGAUGCCAGCCCGGUCUCAGGUCGGACGUCGGGCUGGCGAAUCCUGGUUCAGUGGCUGCGUCGGGGAAGUCCCCCACUCCGUAUUAUUCCUUCACCGGGACAAAUCCCAGAAGACGUUCUCUACAAGAUGCCCCCCCCAUCGAUCCUCCACAAACAAAGAAAGUUCGCAAGGUCCCGCCUGGCCUGCCUUCAUCUGUGUACGCACCAUCCCCCAAUUCGGAAGACUUCAACAGAGACUCGCCCUCCUACUCGUCCCCCAAGCCCUCCAGCAGUAUGUUUGCAAGCACUUUUUAUGAUGGGACCCACAAUUCCUCCGACCCAUGGAACUCGUCCAACGGGAUAAGUCAGCCGGGCUAUGGCGGGAUGCUGGGCGGAUCCUCAUCUCACAUGCCGCAGUCAGGAAACUACAGCAACCUGCACUCCCACGACCGCCUGAAUUACCCUCCACAUUCGGUCUCUCCAGACAUCAACGCCAGUCUUCCUCCCAUGUCAAGCUUCCACCGGAGCAAUGCCAGCACUUCACCAUUCGUCACAACAACGCACACCCCGUCCGUCAGUGCAGCCGACGGGGUCAUGGCUGCUGCUAAUCGGGGGACCGCCUCCGGAAGCUCACAGACUGGAGACGCACUGGGAAAGGCUUUAGCCUCCAUUUACUCGCCUGACCACACCAGCAGCAGCUUUCCAUCCAACCCGUCCACACCUGUGGGCUCUCCAUCACCCCUGGCAGUCACGGCGGGUUCAUCCUCCACGGGUACCGCGGUGACUGCGGCCGGCACUCCGUCUGCGAGGGCAGCAGGUACCAACCAGUGGCCCCGCGCUGGUGGACAGAACCCGUCCUCCCCAAACUAUGAGAACUCCCUUCACUCACUGUCUCGGAUGGAGGAUCGUCUGGACAGACUGGAUGACGCAAUCCUUGUUCUGCGGAACCACGCGGUGGGCUCCACCGCCAGCCUGCCCAGUGACAUCCACAGCCUGCUGGGACAGGCCCAGAACGGGCCGCUCGCUGCCCUCGGAGCAAACUUCCCUGCAUCCGCUUUGGUUCCGAGUCGGACAGCGGCAAUGGGUGGAGCCCACCGCGACGAGGCUGCCACUCUCUCCAGCAGCCACGCUGGCCUGCCCAGCGCCGGCGCCACAUCCAGCACUGAACUCAGCCACCAAGUGGAGGCCUUCAGAGGUCUGGCUUCAGGGUUGGUGGGGCAGGUGGCUUCUGCGCUGGAGCUGAAGAUGGAGAACCAAGACAAGGAGGAGAUGCUUGACAACCACUCCUCUGAUGAACUCAAGUCAGAUGAGGAGAGUGACAAGAAAGACAUCAAAACACCCCGAGGAGGCACCCGCACAAGCAGCAUCAAUGAGGAUGAGGACCUGAACCCGGAGCAGAAGGCCGAGCGCGAGCGUGAGAGGAGAAUGGCCAACAACGCCCGCGAGCGUCUGAGGGUGAGGGACAUCAACGAGGCCUUCAAGGAGCUGGGACGCAUGUGCCAGCUGCACCUGAAGAGUGAGAAGCCCCAGACCAAGCUGCUGAUCCUCCAUCAGGCGGUAGCAGUCAUUCUGAGCCUGGAGCAGCAGGUCAGAGAGAGGAACCUGAACCCCAAAGCAGCCUGCCUUAAGAGACGGGAGGAGGAGAAGGUGUCGGGGGUUUCUGGGGACGGCCAACAGGCCCACACAGGAGUCCACCCCGGCCUCACGGACACAUCCAAUCCCAUGGGCCACCUCUGAGAAGCGCACAGGUGAAGAUGAUCCAGAUCGUUUCUGUAAAGAGAGAAUUGCCGACUUUGCUUCCCGAUGGCAGACCGGACUUCCAGUUCUUCACACCAACUGGAGGAGACAGACCACUUAAAGCAAAACUACAAGACUGACACAAGCCAAUCAUGUCGUCAUAACAACAACAAUAAUAAUAAUAAUAAUGACAAUAAUAACGAUAGUGAUGAUAAUAAUAGUGAUAAAAAGAAACCCCACCCAGCGUCCAGCCCCCCUGUGACAGCAGCCAGUAUCCAUCAGCAAGUUCCUGCCCACGUGAAGACCUUCAGCACGUGUCAAGCCAGAAGACGCCCGCCGCUUCUGAACAAUCACAGACUGUGGCGUCCUCCUCCGGCCCUGCGGGGGAAUGCCUUGUGCCUAAACUGAAUUGACGAAUGCAUUGUAACAGCAGCUGUUGUUCUGUUCUUUGUUUUGUUUCUCUAUUUAUUAUGUUGCGGAGCUAUAACGUGUGUGUCUAAAGGGAACGUUACAAAGUUUCAAAGAGGAGCACGUGACGUUUCAGUCUCGCUACAGUUUGCCGGCGGCGCCCCCACAUGAAGGAAACCUUCAUUUAUUGGCCUGUUUGGAGUGAUCUUUCCACCCAGCUGAGAGGGUGGUGUAGUGGGAAGGUGGUGUAGUGGGAGGGUGGUGUAGUGGGAAGGUGUGGCGAGAGCUCGAACGACGCGUCAUAGCGAGUGAAAGACGUACUGAGUGUAUUUGUAUCGUGCCCGCGCGCGAGCUGUCCGUCUCCUGGUUGCCAUCGCUCCUCGUGGCCGUGACGACACGGCUGAAGGUCUCCUCGCGCGAGGUGCGGCGGUAAUAACCCGGCAAAGGUGACGCAGAAAAUGGCAAAGUACAGUUUGACUGAACGCUCCGCCGUGGUGGCCGUUUCAUACGUCAUCGGUAGCGGAGAGAGCCAAGUGUUUGCGCACCUUUAGCAUCCCUGCAUAUUUUAGUGUCUUAAAGGAAAACACGACGUCACUGCCCUGCGGGUCCUUCGCCAUAUAGUGUUAGAAUGACGUAACGUGCAGGUUAUUGGUUUGUAACGUGCAGGUUAUUGGUUUGUAACGUGCAGGUUAUUGGUUUGUAACGUGCAGGUUAUUGGUUUGUAACGUGCAGGUUAUUGGUUUGUAACUUGCAGGUUAUUGGUUUGUAACUUCCAGGUUAUUGGUUUGUAACUUCCAGGUUAUUGGUUUGU